ACAUCAUUGAAGCAACAAACAGAAGUUUGGCUCCUGUAGUCUGAGAAGGGGAGGUUGCACAUUGACUGCUGAAUCCACUGACACAUCGAAGAACAAGAGAAGGACCAGGCAAAUACUCUACGUGGUGAAAAAAUGAAAGCUUAUCAGUGCAUCCUGCUACUUUGUAGCUGCCAGUUCCUCUACACUCUGGCUAUAGAGUGUGAAGUGUUAAGUGGUACGCUGAAGCAGAUAGAUGCUGGGAUAGGCUUAGUGGGCGGAGUGAACGAUGCAAAUGAAGUUUUCCUACUGAUUGGGAACAGUUUUCUAAGGAUAAAUGCAUCCUUGAAGCACUUCAGCAUUGGACCUGCUGGAGAGCUCGGUGUGAAUUCAGCGAACAUUGUUUUCAAGUUUCAGAGUGGUAACUUUGUGCAGAUUUCAGCCAUUUUCAAACAGGUGGAUGCAGGAGGUGACCAAAUGAUUGCAGGUGUUUCUCCUUUGGAUGAGGUCUUCUGCUUAAAUAAGGAAGCUAACAACAAUGGGCCGAGAAGCAAUUUCAUUUUGACAAAACUUCCAGGAAAGUUGAAGUACUACAGCUGUGGCCCAUACAGCUGUUGGGGAGUGAACCCUUCUAGCAAUGUCCUCCUCUUAAAGAAUGUUACAGGGAAUAACUGUUUAGGGUCUGGUAUCUUUAAUGUAAUAAAUGGAACCCUGUCCAUGGUUGAAGUUGGAACUGAUGGCAGUGUCUAUGGGGUUGACACUCUGGGGAAUCUAUUGCAAAGAAAUAACGUCUCAUCAAUCAAUCCUGCUGGCUCAAGCUGGACAUCAAUUGUUGUAUGUCCAAAUGGCCAUAAACAUGUGAGCUUUGAUCUGGGGAGGCUGUGGGUCGUCUGUAGUGAUGGAUCCAUCAGGAGAUGCAUUUGAAUUUCCAUCAUAUUUAUCAUUCCAGCAACACCACUAUCAUUAUAAACAGAAAAUUUUAAUGAUUCUUGCUUUUCAAUUAAUAUCUUUCUAUUUCCUUUCUUUGCUGUUGAGCGGAUAAAGCUUUAUUAUUAAUAUGUUUAUUAUUAAAAGGUUUAAAUAGCUUUAAGAAUGUCUAUUGCAUCAGUGUUGGUUUAUUUUGUGAGUUGUAACAACAUUGUGUUAUACUGUA